AUGUGGGACGCCAUCGCCGCCGCCGUCCCGGGCAAGACGCCCGAGGAUGUCCGGCGCCACUACGAGCUGCUCGUUGAGGACGUCGACGGCAUCGAGGCCGGCCGCGUGCCGCUGCUCGUCUACGCCGGUGAUGCCGGGCCCGACGACGGCGGGGGCUCCGGGGGCGGGGGCGGGAAGAAGGGCUCGGGCGUCGACAAGGGCUCGUCCAAGUCCGCCGAGCAGGAGCGCCGGAAGGGGAUCGCCUGGACCGAGGACGAGCACAGAGGAGCAAACAUAGUUGCGCUUAGGAUGCCCAUGCGCCUCGGCGACGGAGCCGAGCGCGUGCCUGAAGACAGCGGCGGCGAGCGCCGCGCCUGGGCGAUGGCGGCGACUGCGGUGGCGAGCGCGCGUCUGGAGAUGGCGGCGGCGAAGGGGUGCCUGGCGACGACGGCAGCGCCUCUCCUCCAAUCCCCGCGUUAG